UAGGCCGCCAGACUAAACCCCUAAUUUCUUCCUCAUUGGGUUUUGAUAUUUGUGACUAGAAACUAACCCUGGAUCUCUCUCGUCAAUGUUCUCCUAACAAAUCACAGUCAGAGUUGCUGAUUUUAAUCUUAACCUGCAGUCUAGCGAACAAGAGAGUAUUGAAAAAAUCGAUUACGGGUUAAGUCGUCAGAAUUUGUAGACAUGUCCACUCUGCAGAAUCCUUCGAGUGAGCAGCAGCCUGCAAAUAACCAGCAGGCUGCAGAUAGCAACCAGCAACAACCGGGCCCUUCGGCUGCUGGCCCUGUUGGCUGGAUAGACCACCACUACAGGAGGCUCAAGGAAAAUGCAGAAACGUAUCCCUAUGUAUGGGCAUCAUAUGCGGUUGUAUACGUUGGUUUUGGCCUUUGGACUACCUAUAGGUGGAGAAAACUUCGGCGGACUGAAGAUAGAGUUAGAGUCCUUCAAGCAAGACUCCACAAACUUGUUGAAGCCGAGGAGUCAGCAACCUCCAAGGCAGUGCCUGACAUGACAGCAACCUCCACAGCAGUACCCAAAAUGACAGCAUCAUCCACCAUCACCAAAGCGGGGGAGUCAGCAGCAUCCACCACUGUCACUGACAAAGCAGCUAUCUGAAGAUAGUAGAUAUCAAAUAGUUGAUUUGAUCUAUUUACGUCUAAAUUGCGAAUUUGCACAGAUUGGUGAGAGUUUUGAUAAUAUUUAGAAAGUCCUAUAAUGUUAUCUGGAUAAGCUUAAAAUCCAGUAUACUUUUGGUUGUGGCCGCCUAAAUUUUGUUGGAGCGUGAUCAGUUACGUGACUCCAAAAACGUUAUAUCGAAGUUUUUCUUGCAA